ACAGUUUAAUUAUCUAAAUCCAGUGUUCAUUUAAAAUAGAUAUAGUAUUGUGUAUGUUCUAAUGUGUCUCGGUUGUGUCGUUUCGACUUGAUUUUUAUCGUUAUUGGUAGGCGCAGGUGAGGUGAUAAGCUUGUCAAUAAUCAAAAUUUAAAGAUGAAUGAAUGAGUUGUUACCGGAUUUUUUAAAAUCUCCAACAAUGAAGAGAUAUUUGUUUCUUUGGGUGUAAAGUAAUAAUGCUGAGUUCAAUAUGAAGGAAAAGGACAUGAUAGGAGGAUGCUGUGUCUGCUCAGACGAGCGAGGUUGGCCUGACAAUCCGCUCGUCUACUGCGAUGGCAAUGGUUGCACAGUUGCAGUGCACCAGGCAUGUUACGGAAUUGUGACUGUACCAACUGGACCGUGGUAUUGCAGGAAGUGUGAAAGUCCCGAAACCAAAGGAAAAGUGCGAUGCGAACUUUGCCCUGCGAAAUCCGGAGCGUUGAAACGUACGGAUACAGGCGGGUGGGCCCACGUUGUUUGCGCACUGUACAUACCAGAAGUGAGAUUUGGCAAUGUCACGUCUAUGGAGCCAAUAGUACUCAGGCUGAUACCACCAGAAAGAUACAAUAAGACGUGUUACAUUUGUCAAGAAUCCGGCAAGUCGCAUCGAGCCACAGCCGGUGCUUGCAUGCAGUGCAACAAAUCAGGGUGUAGAUUGUAUGCCCACGUAACUUGCGCUCAGCGCCUCGGAUUGCUCUGCGAAGAGGCUGGCAACUACUUGGACAACGUCAAGUACUGCGGCUACUGUCAACACCAUUACAGCAAGCUGAAAAAAGGCGGUAACGUAAAGACUAUCCCGCCUUACAAGCCCGUGUCGCACGACAGUCAAUCCAGCGACUCGAGUUGCGAGAAAGAAGGCGAAGCCUCACCCAUGGCUGGUGGCAGUGGAACUCCAACACACACUACUAAAUCUAAAGGACCCGGCCGGAAGUCAUCUCACAAUUCCAAUGCAGCAUCUGGAAAAAAUACACCAGGAUCAUCCAAGACUCCGACCAACACGAGUCAACCUAUGGAGAUCAAUCAGGACAAUGCCGAGGUGCCCACAGUUGGACGGAAACACAAAGCGUCUGAAAAAAACAAAAAGAAGCCCUCGCCGUCGCGACGCGGGUCGUCAGCUGGCGACGCGGGUGGAUCCGGCAGCAAGAAUACAACUCCUGCACCGUCGCCGCAGCACCCAGCAGCUGAGCAUGCUCAAGCACCAAGCGGCAAAAGUUCAGGAGGUACAACUCCGGGGGCAGCUUCGAAGGUAGCACCACCAUCUGCUUCGCCAAGUUCCAUCAAGGCCCCCGAAGCGGUCGGAGUCAUAAGCUCAGUUGCUUCAGCCACCGCAGCCUCCGUGUCCACUGUCACGGCUACUGUGCCAAGCACUUCAGUGACCACAUCUGUGGUACAAGUACCAACAACGAAAUCGGCCAGUUAUCAAGAGACUGUGAUCACAAACACAGAGUCUAUGGAAACCAAGCAAACAAAGAAACGUAAAGCCGUUUCUGCCGCAAACAACCCUGCGCCUGUCGAUUAUACAGCACCACAGCCAGUACAGCAGCCAAAUGAGGCCAACACACAAGGCGGCAACAAUAUGUGGGAGACUCCUCACAUCCCAAAUGAUACACAAAUGGACACUGUCGAGAAAAUAAUCAAAAAGGCAAAAACCGAUCUGAGCGGACCGGAGAAUGUACCCGUCUCUCAUUUUUCAACUAUGAGCCCUGCACCCCCUCCGCCACCACCGCCGCCAGCGCACAGCCCAGCUUCGCAACCAAGUCCUAGACAUCUGCCGAGCCCCAUGCCUGGGCCGAGUGGGUUGAACACAAUGUCCAAUAUACGAUCGCCAUCGCAACCUCAGGGCGUGAAGGGUGACCGCGACGUGGCUGUUUCCCUCCUAGUGUCGGUGCCGCUGCCAUCCACCAGCCACGGGCUCAACCUCUCCGCACAUGCACAGGCGUCGACUUCAGCUGAGCACUGUGGCCCGUCGCCUCAUAUAUUCCUCCCACCGCAAAAACAGGCUGCGAUGGACCCUGGUAUGCCAGCUCAUCCGCCGCUGGCAGUGCCUGGACGCUCUACAUGGGGUGGUCUGAAUGUGACCUACGAAAUGCAACAGGAUCCCAACAAACCUGGAGUAAGCGGUCUGGCUGGACCCAGUAAGGAUGUAAGCGUAGGACCGCCUAUGCCGCCUAUGCCCCCUGCGACAAUUAGAAACAAGAAACGCAAUGCUAUGGCCACGUCCGUAGUUGCUAUGGCAAAUAACCCAUCGACGUCCGCAAUACAGACCGUAACAAGUCAAACUAUUGGGAACAUGCGUCGCCCACCGCAGCCUACGCCUCCACCCAUAUACCAGGAGACGAUUAAAGAUUCACCACCGAGCUCGCCUAGCUCUGAGCGUCCAUUGAAACCUAAAAUGGAUGCAAGCCGUAUCGGUGUGAGCUGCACAGCGCCACAUAUGCUUGGCAACGAAUUGAACCCAGAAAGUGGUGCGGCGGCACGCCUGCAGGAACAAUUGAGUGCUGAACUCGCAGCACACGCUGCUGGAGGCUCCGGCGUCGACCCGCUCAUACCGCCACCGCUCAUCAAUAAAGCCGGACCGAGUUCAAGCGGCUCAGGGCGUGGUGGAGCGUCGGGUGCACAAAGCCUCGACCAAUUGCUCGAGAGGCAGUGGGAACAAGGCUCGCAGUUUCUCAUGGAACAAGCCCAACAUUUUGAUAUUGCAUCCCUACUGUCGUGUCUUCACCAACUGCGCACAGAGAACGUACGUUUAGAGGAGCAUGUGGGUAAUCUAUUGCAAAGGCGCGACCAUCUGCUAGCUGUCAACGCCCGCCUCGCUAUACCACUCACGACCGUGACAACCGGCCCGCCGGAACCAACCCGAUGUACUCGCGAGAAUGGAUCUCAGGUGCGUCCCCCGCCACCAGUACGCGCCCCCGAGACCAUCACGUCGGAACGAUCACAUCAGCUCAUAAUGCGAGAAGUACAACAGAAGCCCAGCUGAAAGGAGCCGGGUGGCGGAGGCGGCGAACCGCCAGUUCCGGGGCCCUCCGGAGCGGAACCCGAGGCGCUCCGCACCGUACAAACGUACAUAAUGCUCGAACAACGGCGCAGGGCCGACUUCUCCAUCGACUCCAUACUGAAAUUCGACCACUAAACAUACGGACUCUACGGCCGACAAGGAAAUGUAUUUGACGUGAAUCCACUGGUAAUGUACAGUUAAUUACCGGUUGUUACCAACUACCGGUUACUGUACAAUUGCGUUAUAGAUCGCACGCUUUGAGAUUUGAUAUUAUUAAACAUCCUGUAUAUAGUCUCAUAGUAUUGCCAGCGGGGUAUUUCAUUGUAUAUUGAUAUUCAUACGUUUAUGUCGAGGUUAGAAUAGAGUUGUAUUUAAUUAUUAGAUGAUGCUACUGUAUUCUCUCGGCAGACCCUAUAAGGGACCUUUGUGAAAAUAUAUUGUACAAUGUGUACUAUUUAUUGUAUUAUUAUUGUGACGUAUUGAAAAAUUGGACUGACUUAUUACACUGCUAUGAAAUACAGCUGAAAAGCUAUUGGACAUGGAAAAAAAAAUGACUGAUGACUUUAAUUACAUAUAUUUGUGACUUACGAUAAUGUAUGUUGUAUUGUUCAGAUAUCACGACUUUUAUAAGGACAUUAUGGGAUUCAUUCUGUUCAGUAAUUAAUAAUUACUGAAUAGUCAUUUUUAGCGACUAGUAGAUGUAUUUAUUUGUCGCUUGUGAGUAAUGGAGCGUAUAUAGACUAUGUUCUGUCUUCUAGAUUUAAGUAAGUAUUUUUGUUUUCGCAUGGGGUCCCUUAUUGGGUAGGGAGUGUCUAUUUUAGUGAUUAUUUCUAUGUUUAUCUACUUCAAAUGUAGACUUAAAUACUUUUAAAUCGAAAUUUAAAGGUUCGUAUGAAUAUCUAUUCCGUACAAAAGUUGACAAUCACAUAUUUAUAAAUUAUUUUAUUUUACCAUUAUUCUUAGACAAUCACAUAAACUGUUAUAUUACCAUUUUUUUGCAUGCUUUUAUUUUAUGUCUAUGCCUUCUCUACAAUCUAUUCUCUUAAAUUAAUUCACCUUUAUAUUUAUAAGUGCAUUGUUUACAAUAGUCUAUUUCUAGUGAUUACAUCUAUAUUUAUCUACUUCAAAUGUAGACUUAAAUACUUUUAAUACGCAGUUGAAUGGUUCGUAUUGAUAACAAUUAUGUGCAAAAGCUACAGAAUAAUUAGAAUUAUAAUUCAUUGCCAAUUUUUUAAAUCUAGACUAGAACUAUUUUUUGUCUCGAUUCAUCCAUUUUAAACUUUUAUGCAUGCUUUUAUUUAUUUUGACUUCAAUCUAACCUUCUUUACAAUGAGAAUGAAUUAACCUUUAUAUUUAAAUCUUUUACAAUAUAGUCUAGAAUGUUCCUUUUUUUGCCUAU